GUGAAUCACGAGUACACCUAACUCCGUCUGUCUUCAUCAUCAUCAUCUUCUUCAUCUUCCUUCUUCUUCUUCUACUGAUCAAACUCUGCGUGGUAGCUGAAAUAAGCAAUCUUUUAUCAAAUUACUUACUUGGGUGGGUACCAUUUAUAUACACUCCCACCCCUCUUCCCAUUUCAUAUCUACUUUCAUCUCUCAGCUUCAUCUCAUCUGCAUCAUCAUCAUCAUCAUCAUCUGCAAUGGCUACGGAAUUGGUGAUGGUGGAUGGGAUUCCUUUCGCUUCUCAGCUCACCACAGAAAACCACCCACUUUCUUUACUCGGACACGGAAUAACAGACAUUGAGAUACACUUUCUCCAAAUUAAGUUCACUGCCAUUGGAGUAUACCUUGACCCUGAACAAGUUGUGCAACACUUGCAGAAAUGGAAGGGUAAAACAGGAAAAGAGCUAGCAGAAGAUGAUGAUUUCUUUGAAGCCCUCGUUUCUGCACCGGUGGAGAAAUUAUUGCGGGUGGUGGUGAUUAAGGAGAUAAAGGGAUCACAGUAUGGUGUUCAGCUGGAGAGUGCAGUAAGGGACCGUUUGGCUGCAGAUGAUAAGUAUGAAGAAGAAGAGGAAGAAGCCUUGGAGAAAGUUGUUGAGUUCUUUCAGUCCAAGUACAUGAAGAAAGACUCUGUCAUCUCUUUUCACUUCACUACUUCUCCUUCCAUUGCAGCAGCAGCAGAGAUUUCGUUUACAUCAGAGGGGAAAGAGGAAUCAAAGAUUAAAGUGGAGAAUGGAAAUGUUGUGGAGACGAUCAAGAAAUGGUAUCUGGGUGGGACUAGAGGUGUUUCUCAGACACUCAUCUCUUCCUUGGCCAACACCCUCUCUGCUCACCUUUCCAAAUGAUCUUUCUUUCUAGACUUUCUCUUCUUAAGUAAAUCAUUUGUAUUUUCAUCUAAAUGUCACUUGUGUUUCAAAACUUUGGGAUUUUAAGGUGUCCUUUUCUAUGAUCUAUGAGACUAUGAUACAAAUGACAAAUAAAGUUAUUGGAGUUUUUGACA